AUGGUUACCGCAACUUUAGGAACUCCACAUGUUACUAGAGAGUAUAACCAUACAGCAGAGUGGCUAAAAUCUCCGAAAAUAGCAACAGCUUAUAGCCACGCUUCUUCAUGCGAAUGGCAAUGGACAAGCAUCUUUGUCGUAUCGUUGCAAGAAUCGAUCAAGGGACGAUGCUGAUGCCCAGGCCAAAGCAGGGUUGGCACAGGCGAAGACUGCACCAUUUCCGCUAUUUGUUUGCAAUGGCUGA